UUAGAUAAAUCCAUAGAUUCAUACUUGAAAUAAUUAACUAUCAAGAUGGCCGGUGUAUCAGUUAGAGACGUUCCAGCUCAAGACUUCAUCAACGCUUAUGCUCAAUUCUUGCAACGUCAAGGUAAGUUGGAAGUUCCAGGUUACGUUGACAUUGUCAAGACUUCUGCCGGUAACGAAUUACCACCACAACAAUCUGAAACUUGGUUCUACCAAAGAGCUGCUUCUGUUGCCAGACACAUCUACUUGAGAAAGCAAGUCGGUGUCGGUAAGUUGAACAAAUUAUACGGUGGUGCUAUCAACAGAGGUUUCAGACCACACAAGCACGCUGAUGCUUCUGGUUCUGUCAACAGAAGAGUUUUGCAAGCUUUGGAAAAGAUUGGUGUUGUUGAAAUCUCUCCAAAGGGUGGUAGAAAGAUCUCUGACGAUGGUCAAAGAGAUUUGGACCGUAUUGCUGCUCAAACCUUAGAAGAUGACGAAUAAAUUAUUAAAUGUUAUUCCUAAUUACUCAAAAAUAUUUUUAAAGACAUAAUAAGAAAAGCAUUGUAAAUUAUAAUGUUAAAUAUGUAUAGUCAAGCAAAUACAUAAUUUUACAGUACUGGAAAUUGGUUGUUUAAAUUAUCUCUAUUCAAAAUAGUUGAACAAUUUUAUCACAAAUCUCUUUACCUUGUCUCAUCACCAUAAACUUAUCAACAUUGUUAUCUAGACCAAUCCAGCUUAAAGGAAUUUGAUCAGGUAACUCUUCAAUCCACUUUUGGUAAACUUGUACGGAGAUUCCGUCUGGUUUGGGCAAUUUAGUAUUGGUGUCAUUGAAAAGAACAUUAAAAUCGAUUCCAAAAGAUGAAAUACUAAAUAAGUAUUCAGCUAAAUUGGUGAAAUAUUCCAAAUCUCCUUCGUUAUCAACCUUUCCACCGUAAAUGAUCUUACCGAUUAUAAAGCUUAUCCUUUCAAACGAUACCAGCUCUAAUGAUAUAUUUUGUACACCAUUUUUCAUCUCUGGUUCAAGGAUCUUGUCAAUUGACUUCAUACCAGCACUGAAAUCAGAGUCAUUGACAUCGUACUUCUGAGCAAAGGACACUGGAACGUAGCUCAUUCGAGUAAGCACAAGCGAAUGAUACCAAGCCAACAAGAAAUAGAUGUAUCUAUAUUCUGGUGGCUUUUGUUCAAGGGCACUUGCACUAUAAGCAUUAAAAGUCUCGAUCAUGGCACGUUUCAAUCCUGGUUGACUUUCAAACACAAUCACUUGACUGUUGUUAAUUAAGGUCACUGGAAUCCUAGAAUCCAAGUUACAAGUUAAGAAAAGCCUGAACUCUUCAUGGAAACCACUUGUUUCUUGCAAAAGCGUCUCCAAGCUGUUGAGCCAUUCAGGAGACAUUUGAAUAUUCUGAACUAAUAGCCAUCCUCCUCUCAUAGAUACAUUUUGGAUCUCUUUCUUAGCAGACGCGAUACCUUCUUUAGAGCCCAAGGAUAUGAUAUCGAGCUUCUUGUUCAUACUAGCUGCUAGUUGUUCCACUUUGAAUGUGGCGUCAUAACCUUCUGCUGAGCUUAGAAGUAAGGGAUCGUGGACUACUUCGAUAAAGUAUUCAAGGCCAUAUUUGGAGCUGUUUGGACCUAUGCCGGAAAACAAAAAGGUGCUUAUUUGUUCUAGUGAAGUAAUAAAGUUAGAUGGUGAGGCCUCGAAGUUGUUUGCAGCCAAAACCACAUGCCUCAACAACUUGAUUACUUCGUUCUCUGAGUUAUCCUCCAAAAUCACCGAUAUUUCAUUCUUAUCUGACUCUAUCAAGAGCGUCCUGAAGAGUUCUUCCACAUCAAGGUUUUUUCUGGAACUAGCAAACCUGAAAAUGCUUUUGAAAAAGACUGUGAAAUGGGGUCCGAUUUCUUUGGAGUAGUACAGUAAUACCAAACCCAAAGAAAAAACCAUCUUGUCGACUCCCAUCAAUGAUGGAGAGAUGACUGCAAACACCUCCUUAUAUAAAUUCAAAAUCAUUGACUGCAUAUCGACUAAUUCCUUGGUCUUGUUCAACACAUCCAAGAAUAUCCUGGUGAAAGUAUCAAGUGUAAACCUGUAUAAGGGAUUAAACUUAAUCAUUUCCUUCAAAAGCUCAAAAAUCAGGGAUGAAUGGGAUGCAACGUCGAAAAACUUGCUCCUUGAUCUAUCGAUAGCUUCCAAAACAACCUUAGACUCUUGUAUCUGGUCAUCAAUAGUAUUUGCUUCUCCUUUUAACAUCUCCAAAUAUUCAAUCAC